AUGCAGUCAUACACCCGUGCAUACAACCAUUACAGUUUACAAAGGAGAUAUUUGCAUGUUACAAAACUGCAGGUUUCAUUUCAACAUGUGCAUGUUAGCACAAUAAUAUUACAGAUUGGAUACCAGAUAUUUACAGCUUACGUAUUUUAUACAGACCAACUGGAGAUCGGAGGAGCUCAAGCAUUACUUCAGUUAGGGACUAAAUUACAGAAAGAAGAGGAUUUAGAGGAAAACCAUUUAUCGGAUAUUAAUUAUGAACAAUAUAUUAAUCAUCAAAAUCAUGAAAAUCAUGAAACAACCGAUGAUGAUAAAACAAAUCAACAAAUAACUGAUGCAGUGGAAGCUGCAGUUAUGAGGUUUGUUGGAGGAACUCUUGAAACCGAUGGUAAGAAUCGGAAGACAAAGAGAAAUGACGAUGUUAUUUCAAAUCUUUCAGAAUAUCAAUGGGAUAAAUUUUUAGCAGAUGAAGUUGCAAAUCCAAAUGAUUCCAUUUUUGAUUCUUAUGAUUUAUCAACAAAGACAACGCCCAAGAAGAAAAGGAAGAGGGUUCAUACUGAUAUUGAUCCAGAACUAUCCAACUUAAAUUCAAAUGAAACCAACCCUACAACAACAACAACCGGCACAACAACAGAAAAUCAUGAACAUGAUCAAUUAGUUCAAGCAGCUAUAAUGGGAGCAGGAGAGUUAGCCAAGCAUUUAGGAUCAUCCGAAUUAAGUAAUUUACCACCAAACCAAGCCCAUCAAGUAUUAAUGGCUGCAUCAAACUCAUUACAACAACAUCCGAAUAAUGAAUCAAUAUCAGCAAUAAAUCAAUUAGCUCAAGCAGCAUCAUCGUUAUCAAAUAAAAGAACAAAGAAACCUUUGAAUAAAAAAGUUAAGCCUUCCGUUCCAAAACCAAAAUUUAAUGAAAACACCUCGAUUGAAUCAUUAAUCCAAGAAGCAAGCGAAAAGGCAUGUAAUUGGUUCAAUUCUUCCAUUGAUAAUUCGACUGGUCCGAGACCAUUUUCACAAGAAGAAAUCAAUGCGGUGGAUCAUUUUGUUGCUGGAUAUUGUCAUUUAAAUAAAUUGUCAAGACAAGAUGUUUGUAAUAGAGUUUGGUCAAAUGAAAGAACAAAAGAUAAUUUUUGGGAAUCUUUAACAAGAGUUUUACCUUAUAGAUCAAGAGCUUCAGUUUAUAAACAUGUUAAGAGACAAUACCAUAUUUUCCAAGUUAGAGCUAAGUGGUCAGUUAAAGAUGAUGAAAUAUUAAAUGAAUUGGCCACAACUAAAAUUGGUAAUUGGAAAGAAAUUGGAGAAAUUAUGAACAGAAUGCCCGAAGAUUGUAGAGAUCGUUGGAGAAAUUAUGUCAAGUGUGGUCAAAAUAGAGCUUUGAAUAAAUGGUCAAUUGAUGAAGAAACUAAGUUAAAAGAUAUUGUUGUUGAAAUGAUUUCAAAUUUUAGAGGCCACCCAAUACCAAUUAACUGGACUUUAGUCAGUGAAAAAAUGAAUGGCCAAAGAUCAAGAAUUCAAUGUCGUUAUAAAUGGAAUAAAUUAAUGAAAAGAGAAACAAUCCAAAGAAUUCAAUUAAUGAACAAUUCAACAAAACUUUGGUUAUUAACCAAUUUACAAAACUUAAAUUUUCAAAAUAUUCAACAGAUUAAUUGGGACUCGGUCUUCUCCAAUUUUAAUCAAGCAAUCAAAUCCGAUAAAAAAUUAAAUGAUAAUAUCAUAUUCAGUUCAAAUGAUUUAAUUAUUUGGUUUGAUAAAAUUAAGUCGGCAAUUAAAGAUCAUAAAAACUUACCCUUGGAUCAAUUACUCGAUAAACUAAUCAACCAUUUAUACAACAACUCCUUGGUUGAAAAUGAUCAAGCUUCAAAUUUAAACGACCAAUUAGAUCGCCAAAUUGAAAACGUUACUAAUGAUUUCAACUUAAAUAAUCCUCAAGUUAAAGAUGAAAUUAAAGUUGAAAAUGAUGACUCUAAAAAAAUCAAUAAUAAAGAUUCAAUAAUCGAUGAUGAAGCAACAUCGAUUGCGAAUGCUGCGGUUGCUGCUGUCUCGGCCAGCGUUAACGAUCAAGAUGCUCAACAUCAAGAGUAUAGUUUAUGGAGAUAAUUCUUUUAUUUUCACCACUAUUUCAAAUAUUUAAAUAACUAAUACAUACUAAAAACCUAAACCAGCUCAAUUCACUCUUUA